UUCCAGGUCAAAAAAGGUGCAGAGCCUCAUCACCAGACAACUGUCACUCACCUGGACAUUGUCACAGCAACAGGAUUCAAAGCCAUUCUGGACUUCAUAUAUUCGGCACACCUCGCUCUGACGAGCAAAAACGUAAUCGAGGUCAUGUCGGCGGCUAGUUAUCUGCAGAUGACAGACAUUGUACAGGCCUGCCACAGGUUUAUCAAGGCAGCGCUGGACAUUACCAUCCGCUCUGACAUGGCUGAUGAGUUGCCUGACUUUGAAAUGGGAGCGAUCGCCGCUGCUAACUUAGGUGGGGAAGAGGGUCGUAAUGAAGGAGGACUGACUUCAUCCAAAACAGGAAAUGUCAUCAGAGCCGGAUUAAACGGAGGAGUGGGGUUCGCAGGCACAGCCUCUGAAGCUCUGGCCUCCAUUAUGUCUGGUCGCAGCACCUCACCAUGGCACACAAGCCCGGCGAACUCCUCCGGGGACUCAGCCAUCGCCAGCUGCCACGAGGGGGGCAGUAUGUAUGGGAAGGAGGACCAAGAACCUUUUAAGAGCCACGAGAGCCAGGAGGAGACCGGUCAAGACUCGCAGCCUGCCUGGCCACAUGACAACAGGCAAGUCACUGUCAAAGAGGAGCAGGUGUCCCCAAACUCGUCCUCGUCCAAUUCCCAUGAGUCUCACACGGGAGCAGUCAAAAGCCAAGGUAAGGCAGAAAUGGCCGGGACUUCUGUCGGAGGUGGGGAGGGUCCCUGGCAACCCCUUUCAGGGUCAGGGCGAAGAAAGAACAGGAAGAACAAGGACACAGUGAGACAUAUAACUCGGCAAGCUGAAAGAAACUGGGACAGGGAACAGGACAGAGAGAAAGAAAGGCACCUAAGGCCUGGAUCCCCUUUGCCUUCCAUGCUGACUAUGACCGGAUGGAACUGCACUGGACAGGACUUUUCAGGUAAAAGCUCUCAUUUCCAGAUUCGCAGAUUUACGUUAAUAUUCGUAGCCUGUUUGCAGUAUGAGAAUCUGUCGUAAACACACUGUCCAAGUAGGAGCUCUCCUGAACACAUACAGUACAGUAUAUGCUGCAUUAUCUUGCGCGUAGAAAGACGUUUCUCUAGUGAGUAAAAUCUGAAGUCUCUCUCUGUGCUGGAUUAGCUGGUCGACUGCUGAACACUCCUCCGCCCUGACGUUUGCCAUCUGAAAGAUUUCAGAGAUAGCGGACACUAAGAAGAGCAUGGCGAAGGAGAUCGCGGUACUUCCUGUGAUGCUAGCUAGAGUUUGCUACCUCUACUGAAACUCGUUUUUGCUGUUACUCACUGCUUGUUACGUUGCUCUUCUUCUACUGUUUUAAUCUUUACUCUUUGCAGAGGUUUGUAGCGUAGCGCUCGAAGAGUAGAGAGAAAGUUCGUAAAACAGGCGCUGCGCAAACUUAAAACAAUCAAACGUAGCCUGGACUCCAUAAGAAAGCCCGGCAUAGCGCCAGAAUUAUUUGUUACUUUUGUCAACAAAUAACAUUAACUAUCGUUUUGAUUCAGUACUGUAGCCAGGUUGACACAGAGUCACAGUUUUCUGGACUUUUGUAUUAAUAAA